ACCGGGAAGCGCCGCCGGGAUCGCGUCCCGCUAUUCCCGCCUCAUUCCCGCUUCAUUUUAUUUUAUUUUAUUUCAUUUUUAUUUUUAUAUUUAUUUAUAUUUUUCCCGGUUUUUUUUUUCCCGGGUUUUGCGGAUCCCGGCGGGAACGCGGCAUCUCGGGAAGGAGGAGCAGGGGAGGCAUCGCGACAUCUCUGGGGCAGAGCUGGGAAAGCUGGGAAAAAGCGCCUGGAAAACCAGCCAGAGGAACCGGGAAAAAAACUGGGAAAAAUCGGGAAAAAAAAAACCGGGAAUCGACCGGGAAACCACCGGGAAAAACCGGGAAUCGACAGGGAAGGAACCGGGAAAAAGGCGGGAAUAAUCCGGGAAAAAUCCGGGAAUCGGCGGGGAAGGAGCUGAGAUUCGGCCGGGAAGGAAAUUCAGGAAUCAGCCGGGAAUUGGAGGGGAAGGAACCGGGAAGAAAUUCCGGGAAUUGCACGGGAAGGAGUCGGGAAGAAAUUCCGGGAAUUGGAGGGGAAGGAGCCGGAGAUUCAGCCGGGAAGGAUCCGGGAAUUGGCCGGGAUGGCGAUGCCGCGAGUGACGCUGCUGCGCUGAGCAUCCCCACGAUUCCCUCUGGAGAAAACACCCAAAACCCCCAAAAACCCCGGGAAUUCCAAUCCCAGCGUUGCCAGCAGGAUGGCCAGGAACAACCGCGCCUUCUCCGAGCCCGAGUUCUCGGCGGAAUAUUCCGCCGAUUACUCGCUGAGCUUCCCAUCGGAUCCCGACGGGAAUCUCCGCCGAUCGCGGGAAUCGCCGGCCCCGCGGGGCUGGCACCGCGGCGCGCCCUGCCCGUGCCUGCCGCAUUCCCGGCGCUUCUCCUUCUCCCCGGAAUCCCUGGAAAAGCUCUACCAGACCUAUUUCCGCCGCCAGCGCCACGAAACGCUGCUGGUCCUGGUGGUCUUCUCCGCCCUCUUCGACUGCUACAUCCUGGGAAUGUGCGCGGCGUUUUCCCGCCUGGAAAAACUUCUCCCGGCGCUGGCGGCGCUGGGCGGGCUGGUGGCGCACGGGGCGAUUUUCCUGCUGCUGAAAUCCCGGCUGCUCCCGGAGGAUUUCUCGCAGAAAUUCCUGCCCUGCGGGCUGUGGGCGCUGGCGGUGGCGCAGCUGUGGGCGCUGCUGGGGCUGGAGUUCCGCAGGAGUUUCCCCGAGGCGGUGGACACGGCGGGCUGGCAGGCGUUCUUCGCCUUCUCCUGCUUCCUGACGCUGCCGCUGCGCCUGGCGCGGAUCCUGCUGCUGGCGGCCGCCUCCUGCGGCGGGCACGCGCUCGUCCUGGGCAUCGUGGAAUUCCAGAGGGGCCCCGAGAACGUGGAUCGAGGGGAGGUGGCCAGGCAGCUGCUGUCCAACGUGGCGCUGUACGCCUGCGCGGUGGCCGUGGGCGCCAUGUCGUACGUCAUGGCCGACCGGAAGCACCGGAAGGCGUUCCUGGAGGCGCGGCAGUCGCUGGAGGUCAAACUCAACCUGGAGGAGCAGAGCCAGCAGCAGGAGCGGCUGAUGCUCUCCAUCCUGCCCAAGCACGUGGCCGACGAGAUGCUGAAGGACAUGAAGAAGGACCCGAGCCAGAAGGAGCUGCAGCAGUUCAACACCAUGUACAUGUACCGCCACGAGAACGUCAGCAUCCUGUUCGCCGACAUCGUGGGCUUCACGCUUUCCCGUCCUGCAGCCCCCGAGCUCGUCAAGCUCCUCAACGAGCUCUUCGCCCCGCCCGGCAAGCUGGCCGCCAGGCAUCACCAGCUGCGGAUCAAGAUCCUGGGGGAUUGCUACUACUGCAUCUGCGGGCUGCCGGAAUUCCGGGAGGACCACGCGGCCUGCUCCAUCCGCAUGGGGCUGGCCAUGGUGGAGGCCAUCGCUGCGGGCCCGGAGCGCUGGCAGUACGACGUCUGGUCCACCGACGUCACCGUGGCCAACAAGAUGGAGGCGGUAUCCCCGGGUGAGUGUCCCCGCCGUGAGCGUCUGCAGAGCACCGUGGACUGCCUCAAGGGAGAGUUCGAGGUGGAGCCGGGCGAGGGCGGCUCCCGCUGCGACUACCUGAGGGACAAGGGCAUUGUCACCUACCUGGUGGUGGUCCCCAAGCAGGGCCUGCGGCACGGCGUUAACGGCGUGGUGAGCGGCACCGGCGGGGACAGCGGGGGGACAUGGGGACACGGGUGUGGGGACAUUGACAUUGACAUUGUGUCCAUGGAGUGGGGAGUGGCACCGGCAGGGACAGUGGGGGGACAUUGGGUGUGGGGACAUUGA